AUGGCGCGGCGGGGGGCGUGCCGCCGGUGCGCGACACCGGCCGGCCUUGUGGGCGCCAUCGCGGCCCUGGUGCUGGCGGGGCUGUACGUGCCGCGCGUGAUCGACGAUCAGCUGCAGCAGGGGGUGCGGGACUAUGUGGUCAUGGGGCCUCAGGCUGCCAGAGAUUACUACGGACGUUUUGUCAACAACACUGGCAAGGAGGCCACUCCUACUUAUACUCGUUUCUGGAUGUUCAACAUCACUAAUUUGAAAGAAGUGCAACAAGGGGCCAAGCCGAACGUGACAGAAAUAGGCCCGUACACCUACCGCACCUACUACAGCAAUUUUGAUGUGCGCUUUCGCUGGAGCGGCAUGAUGUCUUACAAGGGGUUCACCACCUACCAGUUUGAGCCCAGUCUCAGUCCCGGGCUGGCUGAAAACGACACAUUUGUGACUCUAAAUCUGCCGUUCGUUGGGGCACUGAUGGAGCUGAAAAGCAGUUACAAGAAAUUCGACUGGCUGAUGCACAAGAAGAUGCCGCACCUUAUGGAUAGGUAUGGCGAGGGCAAGGAGAUGGGUCUAUUCAUGAGAAGGCAAGUAGAUGACUUGUUGUGGGGGUAUCAGGAUCAUCUCCUCAAAGAGCUGAGGAAGUACGGUGAUGUGAACCCUGCCUUUUCGUUGAUGCACAACGGGAGCCACAGCACCGCCAUGCAGGAUGAACAAACACACAUUAACACUGGAGCUGCCAACAUGACACUGUUGUGCGAUGUGAGUCAUACCCCUGUGCUCCAAUGA